AUGCACUUGGCGCUAACUACGUCCGCUAUCACUUUAAAGCUACCUCCUGAGACCGUCACCUUCCGUACCAACCUGUUGGUGCACUUUGUGGACUUCACCGAAACCGAUGGUCGAACACACACCACAAUACUCCUGAUGCUGAGAGAAGUAGUCAGUGUAUUGUCUCUCCUGAUUGCCGGCGGUCUAGCAGUUACUGUGGCAGUGUACGUUACAGAGGGCGCAUGGCUGAUAACACUUAAUAACCAGUCAGAGAACUACUACAAAGUUCAACAAUUUCAUUUUCACUGGGGAAGUGACAGUACAACGGGUUCGGAGCACACUGUGGACGACAGGCAUUUUCCACUCGAGAUGCAUAUUGAAGCCUACCCUUCGAUAUACGCCAAUUUCUCGGUCGCACGCACGGCUGUGGAAGGCCUAACCGUAGUUAGCGUUUUUUUCAAUAUGACGGAUAACCAAUCCGACUCCACUCUCUCCAAAAUGGGCAACCUUUUAUCGAUGCUCGAGCAGGUCCAGCCUGCAGGCUCGAAAGCCAACGUGACUUCCUUCAAACCCGAGGUCCUUUUGCCCGAAAACAAGGAGUUCUUCCGCUACUUGGGUUCUCUCACUACACCACCUUGCACAGAGAAUGUUCAGUGGACGGUAAUGAGGCAUCCCCUUAAUGUGACCGAGGCAGAUCUGGAGAAGUUUCGAUCCCUCCUAUUUGGAGAGGGUGACGGCAAGACACCGAUGCAAGAUAAUUUCCGCCCAGUGCAACCGCUGAAUCCCGUGCGGGCAGUCCAACCGCGGGUGCUCUACAAGUCCUGGCCCUCGGCCUCACAUCGCCUUGCAGCUGGUCUCUUCGUGAUCACAUUAGGUCUCACAUUCAUCGCGCUUUCAAUUUAA